GUCGCAGCAGCUCCAGCGAGAGAGCAUGGAUCCAAGAGAAAAUCCCAACUUCUUUCUCAACCAUGAGGAUCCAGAGUUCUGGAAUAACGCAGCCCGGAAGCCGCACAUGAAAGCACUUCUUCAGUCUGAUGAUCACUGGAAGCUGCGGAAGAAUACCUGGCUGGAGCAAUACUCGCAGGUGAGUGAGUCCAACGACUUCAGAAGAGAGGUGGCGGACUGCCUGGAAGAGAGCUCCAUGGCCACCCGGCGCUUGGUCACGCCGAUUCUGCAUUAUCGCCCGGUGGAGCUCCAUUUGAUGCAGGUGAUUAAGCAAGCCAAAGAGCGGGGUGUGCCUUUCGGCCAGAUGGUGGAGACAGCCGAGAAUCAAAGGAUUCUCAUGGACUUUCGCAACGCCAUCGAUAACGACGGAGCCAAGGGUGCCGAGCACCUUUUUCUGGACUGGCGCCAGCGGGAGAUCCAGCAAAGCGCAGAUUCCAGGCGACAAAAAGUUGAGGGCCCGCAAGCCGAGUCGAGUAUGAAGGAAGUGCAGGACGGGCUGAGCUUUGCCACCAAGUACCGCAAGGAUGGUGUGGUGGACUGGGAUCGAGGCUGCCCCGAGGACGCCCUCCAGGCCUGGCGGCUGGGAUGCGAGGUUUUGCAGAGGAUCCGGGUGCCGGAGGCGGAUCCGGCCAUGAAGUUCUUCUCCGAGCUGAAGGUGGCCCUUCUGAAGAACCGGGCCCUGGCCGCCCUAAAGCUGAACUCCUGGCAGGAGGCGCUGGAAUCUGCAGAUCAAGUGCUCAAAAUUGACGAUCAGGAUCACAAAGCGUGGUUCAGAAAAGCCUGUGCGCUAGAAGGCCUCGGCAAGCUUGAGGAAGUUGAACGAUGUCUCGACAUGAUCGAUGGCAUCGCCGUGGGCCGGCCAGACAGAGACCGGCUGGAGCAUGAGAUCAAGGCAAAGCGCGAGAAGGUGAAGGCACUUCGCAGCAAAGACGAGGUGUCGCAGCAGCGAAUGCUGCAGCUGGGCCUGCAGAAGUGCCUCUUCAGCGAGGAGAGGGAGCCCCAGCCUUCAGCGGCUCCGGAGUUGCCGGCGCUGCAGGCGGCGCCGGAGAGCCAAGCUGCGGCGCGAGUGGAGGAUGCAACCCGCAAGCGGCUGACGAGAGAUGGAGCAGAGGAUCUGUUGAAGGAGCUUGAGCGUGCAUACGCGGAGCCAAGCUUUCGAGAGCAAGUUCGGAAACUUGCGCGGGAUGUCAGCAGCCAGGAGGAAUUUACCCGCUAUCUCGACAAGGUGGCCUUUCCCGUGCAGAAGCCGGUGCUGGAGAGGUGGGGCUUCGAGGCGACAGCCUUUGGAGUCGUUGAGAUGCGCUGUGCUAUUCAGGACCACACAGCUGACCCCCAGCUCAAGAGGCAGUCAGACGCCACCACCCGCGCGCUGUAUGGUGAGAUGUACAAUGCGGUUCGAGGCAAGCAAGGCAAGCCGUCAGUGUCUUCGACGUUACCCGAGCAAGAACGCAUGAAGCAGGCGGAGAAGAGGCUUCAGCGCCGCCUCAAGAGAUCAGAGGACAGCGGCUCGGAGGCUGAGCCGGUGCAGGAUUCCUCGCGGCUUUAUGCGCACUGGAGAUCGGUGGAAGCUCCGGCUAUCAAGGGGCCGCGAGAAGUUGUGGCCGCACCAAAAGAGCAACCUGCUGCAAAGGUGGCGUCCAAAGAGUCUGCCGCCAAUCGAAAGGAGAUUUGGGCAGAGCUGAGUCAAGCCAAGAAAAGUGCAGACGUGAAGAGGUUGAGGGCAGCGCUGGAAAGGGCUGUGGCUGCUGGCUUCUCCGCCGUGACAAUCAGGUCUGCAAAGCAAGCCCUGGUGGCAUUGGGCGGCAGCAGCGAUGGCUUGUGAUUUACCAUUUGUUGGAACGGCAGUCAAAGCAAACUGCGGUGAGAGAGCUUGCCUUUGCAGACUUGCGGGA